AUGUCGUCCGAAAUGGAUUAUAUCAAAUCAUUAGUAUCAGCACAAACAUAUUUAUAUCAAUAUGGUGCUGCAUUUUUCAUCUGUAUUGGUAGUAUUGGUUGCAUAUUUAAUUUGAUUAUUUUUUUGAAGAAGAAUCUUCGUAAGAAUCCAUGUUCGGUCUAUUUUAUUGCAUACAACGUUAUUAAUCUCUAUCAAAUAUGUAUAUCUCUUUUACAAGCAAUUCUAAUAUAUGGCUAUAGCAUUAGUGUUGCAACAUGGAGUAACAGUUAUUGUCGUUUUGUUUAUUUUAGCGGAUAUGUUUUUGAUAUUCUCAGUUCAUUUUAUUUGAUUAUGGCCUCAAUUGACCGAAUGUUAUGUACUUCACGAAAUGCACGCAUUCGUCGACAUAGCAAUCAUCGUGUUGCAUAUACGUGUAUCAUCGUUGGUACAAUAUGCUGCAUGUUAUUUCACAGCCCUUCAUUGAUUUUGGUUAACAUUAUCGAAAUUAUACCAAACUAUUAUGUCUGUUAUUCCAAUUCUGACGGAUAUUUAGCAUUUACAAACUAUUAUCUAUUAAUAAAAGUUAUCCUCAUACCUACAGUUAUGAUUAUCUGUGAAAUAUAUACCAUCAAGAACAUGCAAUCUUCACAUCGUGCAAGAGUGAUUCCGAUGUCAAAUACAAUGGGUACUGUUUUAAAUCCUGGUCGUCCUAAAGAUCGUCAACUGAUCAAAAUAUUACUUGUCAAUAUUACUGUUUACAUUAUUUUCAAUUUGGUACCCGCAGUUAUUUCUCUCUAUCAACAAAUCGUUCAAUAUCAAAGUAAAAGUUUAGCACAAAGUCAAAUGAUUUCGUUUUUAACGACUGUAAGCAAUGUUGCUGGUUUUAUUCCAAUAUGUAUUAGUUGUUACAUUAAUUUAAUGGUAUCGAAAACAUUUAGAAACGAAAUGAAAAAUGUACUUUUGUGCAAAUAA